CCCUCAAAUCUCACAAGUCGCAACUCACCCUUCUGUUUCGUUGCUUGUUUUCAUCAAUCACGCGUGAACCUUCUUCUUCUUCCCUCUACCUCGGCUCCUAUUUUCCUUCGUUUUCUCGACAACCAAACGCACCAUCAUCCCUCGUCUCAGCCCUCAGCCCAUGUACUUCUAACAAGAGGAGGAGUUUAGCUUCGAAGGAUCAGACAUUCUCGCUCCCUGCUUCGGCAAUGGCUUGGAAAACUCUAAUCACACAGGUUUCAAAGCAUCAAUCAGAUUUGAGGCAGUUAAAAACUUUACUGAUUAGAACCCAUUUUUCUGCAAGCAAUCAUGGAGGCAGUGGAGUGAAUAGUCUUCUGCAUGGUCAGCAGAGGUUUAAGUCAAGCUAUAUUAGCAGUUUUGGUCGCAGAUUGCGUGAUUCAGAUGAAGCCGGUGGAUCAACAGAGCUUCGAAUGCUUUACCUUCAAAAUGACCCUGAAGCUGUGAUUAGGAUGUUUGAAAGUCAGCCAUCUUUACAUUCUAAUCCUUCCGCAUUGUCGGAAUAUGUUAAAGCAUUGAUCAAAGUUGACAGGUUGGAAGAAAGCGAGUUGCUGAAGGCAUUGCAGAGAGGUGCUGCUAACUCAGCAGGAGGGGGACAAGGUAUAGUAGGCCUUUCAGCUUUCCGGAAAGUAGGAAAACCUACUAAAGAUGGUAUCCUUGGAACUUCUGGUGCUCCUAUUCAUAUGGUGACUGCAGGAGGAAGUAAUUUUAAGGAGCAGUUGUGGCGUACUAUUCGGGCUAUUGCACUUGGCUUUCUGUUGAUUUCUGGUGUAGGAGCACUCAUUGAGGAUAGGGGGAUUGGCAAAGGACUUGGUUUACAUGAAGAAGUGCAGCCUACCAUGGAAUCUAACACAAAAUUUAGUGAUGUAAAGGGUGUUGAUGAGGCAAAAGCAGAGCUAGUAGAGAUUGUCCACUACCUUCGAGAUCCUAAGCGCUUUACUCGACUUGGUGGGAAGCUUCCAAAAGGUGUCUUGCUAGUUGGCCCACCUGGGACUGGAAAAACUUUGUUAGCAAGAGCUAUUGCUGGAGAAGCUGGAGUACCUUUCUUCUCAUGCAGUGGUAGCGAGUUUGAAGAAAUGUUUGUUGGGGUGGGAGCUCGAAGGUUGAGGGAUCUUUUUGCUGCUGCAAAGAAGCGGUCCCCAUGUAUUAUAUUCAUUGAUGAGAUAGAUGCCAUAGGAGGAAAACGAAAUGCUAAGGAUCAGCAGUACCUGAGAAUGACUUUGAAUCAGUUGCUUGUUGAAUUGGAUGGAUUUAAACUGAAUGAUGGAAUUAUUGUGAUUGCUGCAACAAAUUUUCCAGAAUCUUUAGAUAAGGCAUUGGUGAGACCUGGGCGAUUUGACCGACACAUUGUUGUUCCUAAUCCAGAUGUGGAAGGUCGGAGGCAAAUUAUGGAACUCCACAUGUCAAGGGUCUUGAAGGCUGAAGAUGUUGAUGUAAUGAUCAUUGCCAGAGGAACCCCUGGGUUCUCUGGUGCUGAUCUUGCCAAUUUAGUCAACAUUGCUGCUGUUAAGGCUGCAAUGGAUGGUGCCAAAGCAGUCACAAUGGCUGAUCUAGAGUAUGCAAAGGACAAGAUAUUGAUGGGAAGUGAACGAAAGUCAGCUUUCAUUUCAGAUGAGUCACGAAGGAUGACAGCUUUCCACGAGGGUGGUCAUGCCCUUGUUGCCAUCUAUACUGAUGAGGCUCUUCCAGUUCACAAGGCAACAAUAGUACCCCGAGGAAAUGCUCUUGGUAUGGUAUCUCAGUUGCCUGAAAAGGAUCAAAUUAGCAUCUCACGCAAGCAGAUGCUCGCAAGGCUUGAUGUUAGCAUGGGGGGGCGAGUUGCAGAAGAAAUCAUCUUUGGAGAAAAUGAAGUUUCAUCUGGUGCAUCGUCAGAUCUUUUGAGUGCAACUAGACUUGCUAGAACAAUGGUUACAAAGUACGGCAUGAGUAAGGAAGUUGGACUAGUGACACAUAAUUAUAAUGACAAUGGCAAUAACAUGAGUUCGGAGACCAGGCUCCUGAUUGAGAAAGAAGUGAAAUUCUUGUUGGACAGAGCUUAUAACAAUGCAAAAACUAUUCUCACCACCCACAGCAAAGAACUCAACGCCCUGGCUAAUGCUCUGCUUGAGCGCGAGACCCUUACAGGAAAUGAGAUUAAAGCUCUGCUUGCCCAAGUCAGUUCCCAGCCGCAGGAACAACGACAGAGCCAGCAAGCGGUUGCACAAACCGAUACUGCGGCAGCUGCUUCAGCGACUGCCGCAGCAAAAUACAAAAGCAUAGCUCCUGUUGGAUCUUAGCAAUGGGAAAGACUCGUAUAAUUUUUGCUAAUUGGCUAUUUUACAUUUUUCACCUUUUUGUUUGAUACACCGGCUGAUCCCUCUCCCUCCCUCAACUUUUCAAUUUUGGUCCUUCAAUUUCUUCCAUAAAUUUAUUUUUCCAGCACUGACCCUUCCAUUCAUGGACAAUUUUAAACUUAGUUGGGUUAACUUAGAUCCACUAAUUAAUGUUGCCCGAGUGGUUUCGAUGUAAUUUUUGAAAUGUUUGAGGACCAAAACCUCAAUUAUAUGUAAUUUACUUUGAUGAAUGAUGGGUAUUGCACGGCAGUGUUUAUUACUUUA